AUGGCCUAUGCGGAAGCGCGAGCUGAACGUAUUGAGGCCCUGGAAUGGCAGCUGGACUCGAGGGGCGGGGUGUCGGACCCCGCAGCUACGGCUCUGUUGCAGGAUGCCAUGGACUUCGCGGAUGAACUGCUGGAGCAGCACUCCGACACGUGGACGGAAGAUGACAGUGCGGCUCAACUUCGUGAGGCGGUGCAGGCCGUGCAAAAGGCGAAGCCGGAUAUCGAUUCAGAAGUAGCGGAGUUGAUCAGACAGCUGGUCACGGCCCUUCGCUGGCCGGUGGUCCUUCGGGAGCGCCUCGCCGAUGCUGAGGCCACUGUGAAAGAGCAAGAGGAGAUCCAGGAGCAAGCCCUGCGCGAAAUCGUGGAUUUGCAAAAGAAAUGUGACACUUUGGAGUCAGAGUCGCAGGAGCACAAGGCGGCCCUCCAACGUGCGCAGGAGCAGAAGGCGCUCACGGAUGCAGAGCACGAGCAGGAGCUGCAGAAGCUGAAGGAAAAGGAGGAGGAGGCAGAAAAGAAGCGCAUCGAAGCCGAG